CAGCACCAUUCGACAAUCAACACCAGAUCCUACAAAAUGCUUCUUGACGAAGACCCUGCUGCGCUCAUCCGGGCAACGGUGACCAACUUCAACAUUGCGCCAGACAAAGCGGCCCUUUCGCGUGUAAAUGACUCGCUUUCAACGCUACAACAAUCGAGAGACCUGCGCAUUCGAGAUGCAGAUACAGUUCUAAGAAAACUCUCACGACAAUUGGCAACGCUUGAAUCCCAGCGAAAGGAAGUCGUCUCUGGUCACGACAGUGGACGUCACGCGAGCGAGAUUGUGCAGCUUGACACGAGGAAGUUCCGUGUUGCAAAGCAAGCUUCGGAGCUGGAAGUGGAAAGUGAGAGGUUAGAGGCCGAGCUCGAAAGACUGAAGCAUCGCUUGGACGACCUGGAAGAGCAAGGGGUGGAAGGGGACGAGAAUACUCGACGGGCACGGGAGGCUGAUGAUCCUACUAUCCUCCGGUUGUGGCUGUACAGAUCUCUGGGAAUUAUGCUGGAUCAAGACGAAGCAGGCAACUAUAACAAGGCAACCAUUGGGAAUACCAAGAAGGGAGAUGUCCACGUUGUAAACAUUGAUCCAAAGUUCUCGAGAUGGUUUUACGCAGAUUACUUUUGGCAGACAUUGCAAGGCUAAGAUCACGCCAGGCAAUUGAUGGACAAUGUGUAUUCUUGAGCGAGGUGUUCAGGUUGGACAAUGCCAUGACUUCAGGAUGGGAAUGAUAUACAACGAAUAAUGACAGGGUUUUUUCACAACAUGGCACUUCAGUAUUUUAAAA